UUGACCCAGGUGUACAGGAGUACACAGUAACGCCUCUCCGAGGAUGUCAUAAAAACGCCAGCCAGAAAACAUAAAACCACAGCAAAUGAUGAGUCUUUCCUUCCUGCUGAGUGGGGCCCGGUGUGGAUUUUAAUCUGACCAAUCGCAUCCUGCUCGGUACCAAAAAAUCCACCCGAGGAUCAAAAGGAAAUUUUAAUUUCGGAUCAUUAGGAAACAUGGUAGGACUUAAACCCUCAGACGUUCCUCCUCCUUUGGGUGUGAAGAUGGCGAGUGCUGGCGCAGCAGCCUGUAUAGCCGACAUGGUCACAUUCCCUCUGGACACAGCCAAAGUCAGACUACAGAUUCAAGGAGAGAAGAAGGCAGUGGGGGACAUCCGCUACAGAGGGGUGUUUGGGACCAUCAGCACCAUGAUCCGAACAGAAGGGCCCAAGUCUCUGUAUAAUGGUCUGGUGGCUGGGCUGCAGAGACAGCUGUGCUUUGCCUCCGUCAGAAUCGGCCUCUAUGACAACGUUAAAAAUUUCUACACCGGUGGCAAAGACAACCCUAGUGUACUGGUACGUAUCCUGGCUGGCUGCACCACAGGUGCCAUGGCGGUGUCCUUUGCGCAGCCCACCGAUGUGGUCAAGGUUCGAUUCCAAGCUCAGAUGAAUCUGGACGGAGUGGCCCGCCGCUACAGCAGCACCAUGCAGGCUUACAGACACAUCUUCCAACACGAGGGCCUGCGUGGGCUCUGGAAAGGAACAUUACCCAACAUCACAAGAAACGCCCUGGUAAACUGCACAGAGCUGGUUACAUACGACCUGAUAAAGGAGGCCAUCCUUAGACACAAGCUGUUGUCAGACAAUCUGCCGUGCCACUUUGUGUCUGCGUUUGGCGCCGGCUUCGUUACCACAGUGAUCGCCUCCCCAGUAGACGUGGUAAAGACGAGAUACAUGAACUCACCCCCGGGCCAGUAUAAGAGCGCCGUUAACUGUGCCUGGACCAUGUUAACUAAAGAGGGGCCAACAGCAUUCUACAAAGGAUUCGUGCCCUCAUUCCUGAGGUUGGGAUCGUGGAACAUCGUGAUGUUCGUCUCCUUCGAACAAAUCAAAAGAGCCAUGAUGGUCACAAAGCAGAGGAUCGAAGUGGUUAAUUGAGAUUCCUCAAAGUUUGACUGUAUUACCUGAACC